GCGUCCGGAGUCUAUAUAGGACAUAGGCCUUGAAGCUUCCCUGAGUCACGGCGAUUCACCCUUAGCUAAGAUGGCGCUGGCCAGCCUGGUGCAGCCGCAGCUGCCCGUGAACAGGGCCGGGUUCUUUGGUUUCGGGGCCGGCAGCGAGUUUCGGCCCCUCGCGCUUGGCGCUUGCGGUGGAGAGGAGCAUGUAACGCAGAGCCAGGCUUCGGGCCUGCCCCUGGCACUCGCCGCCCCCGGCCCCAGCAGCCUGGGCCAAGGCGGCGCCUCCGAGAAGGCCAAGAUUGAGCUGCUGCAUGGGACCACCACCUUGGCUUUCAAGUUCCAGCAUGGUGUCAUUGUGGCAGUGGAUUCACGGGCCACAGCAGGUGUCUACAUUGCUUCACAAACUGUGAAAAAGGUCAUCGAGAUCAACCCCUACCUGCUGGGCACCAUGGCUGGCGGUGCAGCAGACUGCAGCUUCUGGGAGCGGCUGCUGGCACGGCAGUGCCGGAUCUAUGAACUCCGCAACAAGGAGCGGAUCUCGGUGGCUGCUGCUUCCAAACUCUUGGCCAACAUGGUUUAUCAGUAUAAGGGCAUGGGGCUAUCCAUGGGUACCAUGAUCUGUGGCUGGGACAAGCGAGGGCCAGGCUUGUACUAUGUGGACAGUGAAGGGAACCGCAUCUCGGGCACGGUAUUCUCAGUGGGCUCCGGAUCAGUCUAUGCCUACGGAGUGAUGGACCGUGGUUACUCUCAUGAUCUCUCCGUUGAGGAAGCCUACGAUCUGGCCCGUCGUGCAAUCUACCAAGCCACAUACCGAGAUGCCUACUCAGGGGGCACAGUCAACCUCUACCAUGUACGCCAGGAUGGCUGGAUCCGUGUCUCCAGUGAUGAUGUGGCCAAGUUGCAUGCAUCAUUCCAUGGCACCCCGGCUUGAGAUGGUGGACUGUAGGGGGAAGGGGCAUUCCAUUCGGGUCUGUAGGGAUUGCUGGCAAUAAGGAGCUCACAGAAGUAUUAGAGUUAGAAUUGUGGAUCUCCCACUAAGAAAAUGGAGAAUACUUAGCCCACAUGGUGGAGAAGGAGUGAGGUGGAGGGAGGGAAUAUGACAGGCUCACAGACUGGCCCUGGGGUGGCGGCUUCACUUUCACUUGUGACCGAUGUCUGCUGUAGCAAAAUGUUUUGAAUUAAAAAUGUUACUGUCCAA